AUGUACAGAAAUUUGAUUUUUGACGCCGAAGUGGAGGCAGUGCGAGAGGAAGUAACAAAUCUCGUCGCUGGGGGCAUUAACAAAAUUAUAGCUGUGGGAUAUGGUGAAAACGACUUGCAUGACGAAAUAGCCAACAAUGUUCCCGAUAUUGAUGUGAUAGUGUACGGUGGCCCACAAAAGUUUCUCUAUACAGGUACGCCAUACGAAGACGAAAACGAGGUUGAAGGACCUUACCCAACAGUUGUUAUGAUUGAUCGGGAAUCACCAGUUCUGUUAGUAACUGAUUACAAAUGGGGCAAAUAUUUGGGUCAUCUCAAUGUCACGUUCAACGAGGAUGGUCACGUGGUGAAAUGGUCUGGAAAUCCUAUCUUACUGAAUACGUCGGUCGAGCAAGAUGAAACUAUUUUAUCGGAAGUUAAUAUCUGGAGAGAAGAACUUGAUUCAAGACUUGCCGAAGUAGUGGGAUCAACGUACGUUUUACUGGAUAGCAGAUUAGAAACAUGUUGUCUCGAGGAAUGCAAUCUACAGAACUUAAUAAUGGAUGCAAUGGUGUAUUAUUACGCUAAACGGGGUAUCAAAGAUGUUCCAUUGGGAAUUAUCAACGCUGACAGUUAUGAUAAUUAUAUAAAUGUGUCCGAAUCAGGUAACAUAACGUAUGGAGAUUUAUUGAAUGUGAUGUUGUACACAGAGACUAUAGAUAUUGUUGAAAUCCAUGGACGAUAUCUUCGUGAAGCUUUCGAGAAUUCCGUAAGCCGUUAUGACGGGGAAUCGCUGGUUGGUCGCUUUCUACAAGUCUCCGGUCAAAGCUGGGAUGAAGAAGAUUGUUCGAAAAUUAACAACUUAUUCUGUGCUGUUCAUCUGCUGGUCAAUUUCGCCGAUUGUACAGCACCCAUACUCGCCAAGUUAGAAACUGGUGACAAAAAGAUGACGUCAUUGACGAGUCGUGACCAGGAGCAAGACAAUGGAUGA